AUGCCUUGGUGGAGUAAACAUUCAUCAAAAGAUGAAAAGAAGAAAUCUAGCAAGGAGAGUAUCAUCGAUGCGUUUAACCGGAAACUAGGGUUUGGGUCUGAGGAUAAGUCUAGUUUUCGUUCAAGAAAGUCACGUAGACGGCGUGAUGAGAUUGUAUCAGAAAGAGGAGCUAUAUCUAGACUACCAUCAAGAUCUCCAUCUCCUUCUACUAGGGUUUCACGCUGUCAGAGCUUUGCAGCAAGAUCUCCUGCUGUUCCUCUUCCUCGUCCUGCUCUCCGUACUACUGUGACCCGCAUUGAUUCUGGAUCGCAGAGACCAGGUUCCAAUGCUAGUUUGCCACUUCCAAAGCCACAUGGCUGA